CGAGCUGGGACGAGCCCCCGGAGCCCUGGGCCCAGCUGCUGGCGGAGCUCCCUAACCUGAUCCGAAGCGUUGACUGCUCCUGCCCAUUGCAAAUCUCGUGACGGCUGCCCAGCCGCGGGAACGGCCCUCCUCGGAGCGGCGCUGGUGUCUAGCAUUCCUCUUCGCUUGUCUGACCAGGAUCAAACUGAUCACUCGCAGCACUUAGGUCGGUGCAGGUCCUGUGCAGGCCAAGGAAAGGCCGGCUGGGGCAGGAGCGUUUCGUUAUCUGUGGAGCGGUUUCAGCGUGGGAGCCUCUGCCACAGCCACCGUGCGGCAGGGUCGGCUUUGCCUCCCGCAGCCCAGCGCCCUCCCCACGCCGCCGGCCACGGUGCCGCGAGGAAAUGCCGCGGCUCCGGUGACGAUGGCAGCCCCGCUCCCUUCCAGCUCCGGCGCAGCAGCAGGUACAGCCGGGCACUGCCAGGCCACGAGCUGGGCAGCGUGCACAUGCGGACAAGCCGUGGACCAGGGGCCAGGGCCAGGCACGCAUGUCCCGCUGUGGCCAUGCUGGGGACGGGUGCAAGGGCGCCCUGGGCAGCAACAGCCGUGGCGGGUCUUACGGCGGGCACCAGGCGCUCAGGUGCCGCAGGAGCAGAGACCCACAGUCAGCCAGGGUGAACGGGCUGUGGGAAGGUGCCCGACAUCGCCGCGGGAAGGGCAGCCUGGUGCUCAUGCCCGGAGGGUGCUUCGCCCCUGGCGGGGAGGCCGGCGUCCUCGCGUGUCCCCGGCGGGGACCUUCCCACUGCCUCAUGAAGGGCCCUGGCUCCUGUCAGCUGCAGAGCCCGGGCCCGAGUGCUGCCUUUCCCCAGAAGGUGUAGGGGGCACCAGGAGUCCACACCAGGCACCAGAAGUGUGCACCGGGCACCGGGAGUGUGCACCGGGCACCAGGAGUGUGCACCGGACACUGGGUGUGUGCACUGGUCACCAGGAGUGUGCACCAGGCACCAGGAGUGUGCACCAGACACCGGGAGUGUGCACCGGUCACCGGGAGUGUGCACCAGGCACCAUGAGCAUGCAUCGGGCACCAGGAGUGUGCACUGGGCACUGGGAGUGUGCACCAGGCACUGGGAAUGUGCACUGGGCACCGGGAGUGUACGCUGGUCACCAGGAGUGUACACCAGGCACUGGGAGUGGGCACUGGGCACCAGGAGUGUGCACCGGGGACCAGGAGUGUGCACUGGUCACCAGAAGUGUGCACCGGGCACUGGGAGUGCACACAGGCAACAGGAGUGCACACCAGUCACCUGGAAUGUGCACCGGACACUGGGAGAGCACACUGGGCACUGGGAGUGUGCACCAGGCACUGCGAAUGCACACCGGGCACCAGGAGCACACGCUGGGCGUUGGGAAUGUGCACCGGGCACCAGGGCAACCUCAGUUCACUUGCUAUUGAGGUAAAUAACUGAAGUUUAUACAUGUUUCCUGCUAUUUGUAAGAGGA